AUGGCAUUGACAACGCAUGUGUCGCAAGUGGAUAACACACAAACUCCGUACAAACUCGAUCCAGACCAGACUUUGCGAGCGUCGCAAGCACUUCUCAAGCACGUUCAGGCAGAGCUGAAGAGGCUACAAGAGUCGGGCGGGAAGCGGAACUUGUUGGCUACUGAGGGUUCCGACGAGGAAGAUCAAGAAGACGAUGCGCAGCCAAUUUGGCUCACUCUAGGCACAAAGCAGUACAUCACUGACAAACAUCGUCUGAAGCCUAGCAAGAUACCUGUACCUCAUUCUUUGAACAGCAACGAGAACAGUACCAUUUGUCUGAUUACGACUGAUCCCCAACGUGCAGCUAAGAACGUGGUAGCCGAUCCAACAUUCCCUUCUUCACUAGCUUCCAGAAUCACCCGCAUAAUCGGUUUCUCGAAAUUGCUAGCACGGUAUAAGAGUUACGAGCAGAAACGACAGCUACUCUCUGAACACGAUGUCUUCCUUGCUGACGAGAGAAUUAUUUCAAGGUUGCCAAAAGCUCUGGGCAAGGUCUUCUACAAGGGUACAGCGAAGAGACCAAUCCCUAUCAAUAUGGCUCCCAAGGACGCCUCCAAGGACAAAUCCAAGAGAGUACUCAAGGACGAGAGAGAGGCUGUUGUUGCAGGUCCAGCAGUCAUUGCGAAGGAGAUUGAGAAGGCUUUGAACUCUGUGCCCGUCUCUCUAAGCCCUGGCUACAAUAUUGCUGUCAGAGUUGGACUUGACUCCUUCUCGCCUGAUCAGCUGAAAGACAAUAUCGCAGUUGCUGCAACUGCUAUAAUAGAAAAGCAUGUUGUGAGUGGUUGGAAGAACGUGAAGAGCAUCCAUAUCAAGAGUCCGACCUCGGUUGCCCUGCCUAUCUGGUUGGCUGAGGACCUAUGGAUGGAGAAACCAACAGGUCCAGCGAUAGAGACUCCAGGUGAGAAGAUCAAAGAUUCAGAAGCUGAAACUACUGGCAUCAAGCGGAAAAGAAAACAGAACACCACCCGUGGCGCACAGAGUGGGGAACGCAAGAAGACACGGCUGGCGGACGAGAAAGCCAAGGACAAAGAGGAUGUGGCGGCCAGAAAGGCACGCUUGUCAGCUCAGAAAGCUUCGGCAUUUGAGGCAGAUUAA